AUGCAUCCUUCCACCGAAGCAGGGCCAUCACGACCCGGUCGCUCGCGUUCAAAAAGUCUCGCCAAGAAGGCAGAGGAUCCAGCCCAAUCCGCAAUGCUGCUCCACCACUCCAACAUGGACGACAUGCCCGUCUUCUCUCCCGUCCUCCGCAAGAUUCCUCGUCCGCCUAAUGCUUUCAUUCUCUACCGAUCCGCCAAAAUGCGCGAGAUCUCAAACAGCGACAAGAAUCGUAACACCGGUACCGGCCUAGGCAAGCUGGACUACCAGCGCCAGUUGAGCAAACAAAUCGGCCAGCUCUGGCGUAACGAGACCCCAGAGGUCAAAGCCGCUUUCUACGACAAGUCAAAGCAAGCAGCUCGAGAACAUGCUCAGCGAUACCCAGAGUAUCGAUUCAAGCCCGGCAAAAAGGGGGCUGCAGCCGCCGACGAUCCCUCAACCUCUUCCACCCCCACCAAAUCAGUAGCCGAUACCACCUCACACUCUCGCACCGGCAGCAACGACUUCUCCCCCGUCAGCGGCCCCGUAUCGGGCUCAGGAUCCGGCAGCGGCCGCAAGAGGGCCUCGCUCGAAAGCGCAAGGUCAAAAGCUUCGCCCUAUUCUGCAAGUCACCACCGCCGCUCAUCUUCCACCAAUUCCACCUCCCCCACCCGCAGGCGAUCCAGCGACCCGAUCAAGCAAGGUCCAAUCCACCAUGUUGAUCCCGUUGCGCUACACCAACCAACACCAAGCUUGGUUAUUGCUCCGCAACAGCAGCAACGCCAGUACACCUCUCACCGGUCGUCGGCCGAGCAUGCGCCCACGCAUCCAUCGUCACAAAACUCCUUCGACACGCUUCUUCCACCGCACCUCCGAGAGCGGUCUCGCGUCUUCCUGGCUCCGCUCGACAAUCCCAACGCCCCUCCAAUUCCUGUCGGUCAGGCUAUCACCACGACUCAGGCGGUCCCAGUCGUCACACCCAAACGUGAAGCCUCUCCUCCACGACACAGGCCCAAGAUGGGUCUCGCCGAGGCCGUCAAGCGCGCCCUGCCUCCCGAGAGACGCGCUCUUUUGCAUGCUUCCCUCAUCAGAAAGGGUCUCAUACCCGUCUCUGACCAAGACGCCCCAUCGCCGCUCACCCAAGGCCUGCCUUGUCCUCCACCCACAUCCGAGCAAGCUACGCAGAGCCAGUCUGCAUCCCAAGGCUCCACACCGAGCCUCGUGCAGACAGACUCGUGGAGCUCGAUCACCAAUUCUAGCAUCCAGAUGGACAGGUCGCAUACUUGGCACGCUCAGGCAUCGAUCAUUCAAGGAGAGACCUCACCUGACUCUUCUUGGCCAACAGCAAAUGCCACGAGCACAGAGGACCUGCUUCCCUCGCCAGAUCCUGCAUUGCAGGAUUCCGUUCCCAUGCCACCGACCCAAGGCUCGAGCAUCAACAUCAGCAUGAGGCCUGCCGACGCAGCACGAUACCACGAACUCUCGGUCUGGAAUCUGCCCGAGCAAGACUGGUCCCAGAACUCAUGGACGUGGGCAGACCCAGCCAGCGACAGUACCAUGCCCGCAUCUCAAGCAUCCGUCGCCAUGACCUUUGAUGUGAAUGAUUCGACGAUUUCUCAGGACGCACACACCGCGGCCUCGCAGACCAUGUCCCAACACCAUGCACCAGUGGACGUCGCCUUCAACAACAUCGACUUUGACAGGUACAACCCUGCGGAGGCCAUCUCUGAGCUCGAUCGCGCCAUCAAUGCGGCCAACUCGGCCAUUGUCUUGGUGUCACAACCAUCGCAAGAUGGUGGUGUGCACGGCCACAUGUACGGCUUGGACGGCGAGCUGAUCGGUCACGGCACAGUCAAUCCUCCCGAGGCAGAGCCUCCCUCUGGGCUCAGCGCAGAGGAAGAGAGCCAGCAACGAGCGGUAGAGCUGCUUCUCGAGCAGAUGAUGGGUGCAACGAGCCAGCACGCGCACGACUCUCAAUUGCAGCCGUACAACGCGGAUGCCAGCCCGAGUUUUGCGGAUUCGCAGUCGCAGAGCUUCCACGAUGCACAGCAGUGGCCAGAGUGGCAGCACUCGGUCUUUUCGGCGACGCCGUCCGGUCCGAUCAUCAAUGCGACAGAUUCGCAAAGAGACGCAGCGUCGGCGCGAUCCUCAACCGCAACCUCGCAGUGCCAAUUCAGACACGACGACGCGACGCCUGUUAACUUCGCCUCGUCGAUAUCGUCAGGAAACGCCUGCUUGCAUGCUGGUGGCCCAUCCGAGGCGCAACACCGCAACGACCAAGGAUAUACAGCGCUCCACGGCAAUGCACACGCCCAGCAAGACCAGGAGAACACUCCAGCCGAAUCUGCAUCGGCGAGCCGCGGCUUGCGAGGCUGGAAGGCAGCCCAGCUCAGCUCGAUCAAGGAAAAAUUUGCGCGCAUACGCCAACGAUCCACGUCCACCCCACCCAUCCCCUCCAUGCCGUUGCUUUAG